GGUAGGUGGCGGUGUCGUUCUUGUCGGUAACACGUCAGGAUGGUAGAAGAAGAAGAAACAUGUUUUGCCACAUGGGUCUGAGACAGAAGAGAAGAUAAACUGCAAACAUGGCUAAAAACACCAAAAAUACAGCUGCAAAGUCCUCUGACCAACAGAAGAAGGAGAAGAAUAAAAGUUUUAACAGCAAGAAAAAGAAGCCGAAGAAGGAUGUGAAACCUCGACCUGAAGAACAUCUGGAGCAGAUACCUUUUCGUCUGCGUGAAAUUAUGAAAAGCAAAGAGAGAAUGAAAAUGGGGUCCAGGAAACUGAAGAAAAUCAAGAGAGAUGCCAAGGCCAAAGCACAGACAGAAACCUCUGUAGAGGAAGAUAUUCCUGUUCCACACUUCCGUAGAGGAAAGCAAGAAUCCGAAUCAGCUUACCUAAGGCGGAUGUCUCGAGAAACCCAGCAUGUUCUCUUCCUCACCAAAAACCAGGUUGAGCGACAGCCUGAGCUGCAGCUGGAGGAUCAGGAAACAAAGUCAAGCAAACAGAAAUCUGAAAAAAAGACACUGUCUAAUAAAGUACGGUUAGAACGGCUACAUAAGAAAAAGCUUGAGCAACGGGAGAAGAGAGCGGAAAAAGAGAUGUUUGUAGACGAUGUACAGUUUGGAGAGGUUGCCAUGGAACCUCCAUCACUGACUGCCAAACCCAGGAAGGCCCCACUGAAAUCUCAGGGGGCAUCCAAGGGCCUUCUUCUGAAUUCUCUACUCGGCCACACUGCCUUAUCAACAGUCAAGCCCUCCAUGGCUAGAAAGAGGAUGAUGGAGGAAGAGCGUGAGAGGGUGGUGCAGGCCUACCGGCACCUGAAGAAGCAGAAACAAGAACAGCAAGAGCGUCAAAAGGCAGAGAUGCACAAACUAAAGGAUCUUCAAUGAUGCAAUUGUAUGUAAAGGUUUAAAUACCCAAGGUCAGAUCACCAUGAAAUCACCAGGCUGCCCUCCAAGCCCGGAACUGAUUGCCAGUCUGCAGCGUUAAAGUUACUGCAGUUACACCAGUUAUGUCAGAGAGACAGGAUUGUUCACUAACGUAAUCAUAGUCUAGUGCAUUUGAAUUGUAUCUGAUUGCAGGUCAGAUUGCAGUGCUGUGAGGAUAAGCAGCACUUAUCCUCACAUGUAAAUUGAAUGGCUGAAUAAUGGCUGUUGGUUUAUUUCUUUGUAUUUUUAUCUUUCCAGUUUCUUUGUGCUAACAUUUAUAAAUAAACCUACAAUUUCAUGAAAAAAAUUA